CAUUCAGCUCGCUUACCUGCAUCUCCCUUGGUUCAACAUUCAUCUGAAGCUCCGAUGAGACCGGCGGCGGUGGCGGCCUCCCUCUCCACCGUCCUGCUGUGCGUCCUGCUGCUGCGUCACGCUGCAGCGGCCGAGUCGGGACGCCGCCGGACGGACGAGGUGAGGGUGGGAGGACAGGAGAAGGACACGGAGCUGCUGAUGGUCCUGCAGAACGUUCUGGAGAAGCUUCAAAGCAGGAAGUUAUCAACGCUGAAGAGACGACAGAGCCGCCUGCCCACCUGCGAGGUCGGGGCGUGGUGCUCGGUGAAGAAGGGUCCUCAUUUCGGGCAGCUGUGCGACUUUUCAGAGAGGCUCCAGGUGCAACUUCUUCUUCCUCAAGUGUUUGUGAUCCUCAUCCUCCUCCUCUGGCCUGAGGACAGUAGCCUCAGCAGCACAGCUUCAGACAAACUGCAUGGACACAGGAAGGGUCCAACAGCAAAUUUAAGAGGUCAAACUUUUUUCUUAAGUCCCCAGCCAGCCUGAGCUCACAGGGAUUACGGUCCACACACUGAGCUCGUUAUUAGAAACCGUGUUUGACACCAACAUCAAGAACAGGCGCAGCUGACUGAUGACAUUAAAAACUUCCCGCAGGUGCUGCACGGUCAACUACAAAUCAGUGAGCUGUUCAGUGUUCAGCCUGUAUAAUUGUGGAUGCACCCCCCCGGCCUGAAAAGUGAAAAUUUAAACCUGUAUUCUGUUAACGUCCAGCAGGGGGCGACUCCUCUGACAUCUCAUUUGAUGGAAAAAUCAGAAAAACCUGCUCAGCUGACCUGAGCCCAGUGAACACUUUCCUGAUGAGUCGCUGGUUUCAAGUCUAUGAAGCAAUCAUGAUGUUCAGGAAGCAGGUGACUCAUGGGCUAACGACUUAUCACAAACACGUAGCCAAUCAGAAUGCAGUGUCCCUCGACCCCCUCAGACAUCACACUCAAAGGAUAGUGACAGCAAAUGCACUUGGCUCACUACCGUGUGAACGUGGCUUCAUCCAUCUAUUCAAUGACAUCACUAUUAUUAAUCAGACAACUUAGUCAUGUGACCUCUGUGGAGCCCGUGAUGAGCGCAUACCAUCCAGCCAGACAGUACAAAAGAUGGAUGAAGCUAUGUAACGUCAGCCAAAGGUUUCUGAAGCUCACUGGCUCAGGAUUUGUGACUGACACCUCGUUAGCCAAUGAGCUAGCAGUUUCACACCACCGUUUUCCAUUUGAUGCCAUAAGCUGCUGAUAUGUUUGAGUUUUUAGCAGCAGUCUGUUAAACUGAGCGGAACUCUGAACUUCACACUGCUGGAAGGAAACUGCUUCCUGUUUGAGCUCCUGCUGCAUGAAGAGCAGCUUUAUAUCAGCUCUGAGGAUCAUGAGCUGAUCAGUGUGUUUAUGCUUCUGUAGAAUCAGUGACAUCCCUUUGCUGUGUUGCAACCUUUAAGAUUAGCGUGAAUUAAUGUGAAUAAAUGGGAUCAAGGAUGGAUGGAGGGAAUUUUGCUUCACAGAAAUCCUAAACAGGAAGAAGGGAAGAACUUUCCCUGGAUCACAGCAAGGAAAGAGAAAAAACAAAACAGAUUUAGUCUGUUUAGGUUCAGUCAUCCAGGUCAUGGUCGUCUCUGGAGCUUGAAAAAAAAAGGUGACUGGACUUCAAGUUUCUGAAGAAGUUUCACCUGUCCUACAAAAGGCUCCUUCAGGUGGAGAGUUCAGGUUAUUUAACCCCGGUGGUGGUGGUGGCCUUCUUGAGGUGGUCGUUGGCCCGCUAUUCAUCAUUAAUCACAUGAGCCAAGGUGUGAGAAAAGGUGUAGGUCAUUAUAAUCAGUGGUUUAGGGUGAAACCACAGAGACUUAAAGUCACCUGAAGAAAGGUGUGGGUGGGGGCUGAGAUGCCUGGAAAGGGAGUUCAGGACUACAUUGUAGACGGGAACAGUUGGUGGUAUAAUCCACCGUCUCUGUUCAGUGACGGUCGUUCACAGUGGGCAUAGAUGGCUCCUUUUACACUGACUAGGGAGAAAGGAUGACAAGCAGAACAACACUGUCGUCCAUUGUGUGUCAGGUUUGUCAGAGAAAUUCAGGAGAAUUUUCUCCAAGCAUGACAUCCCAGUAUACUUCAGACCCAGCCACACACUAAGAGAAACUGGUCCAUCACUUUUCCAAGGACAAAACUCCCAAACACAAGCUUAGCAACACAGUGUAUGCUGUGCAGAGCAGUGCAGUGAGGAGUGCUCAGACCUCUACACUGAAGAAACCAAACAGCCUCCUCACAGAUGCAUGGCACAACACAGAAGAGCCACCUCAAAAGGACCAAGAAGACAGACGUUUUAAAAAGUAAAAGAAGCAUCUAUGUCCACUGUGAGUGACCAUCACUGAACACAGGAAGUGGACUACGUCACCAACUGUCCCCGAUUUACAACACAGGCCUGAGCUCCCUUCCCAGGCGCCUUAAACCUCACUCAUGUCUUCAAUAGGUCACAAUAGGUCACCCAAAACCCCUGAUGGUAAUGACCCACGCCUUUAUUCACACCUAGGCACAUGUGAUGACACACAUGAUCAAUAGUGGGUCAAUAACCACCUCCAUGUGACCCUUUAUGGUCACACGAGGACAGAAAUGAUUGGCUGAGAGAAAGCUUCAAACAUCUUCUUUCAGCAUUAACCAAAGUCUCCUGAAGAUGCCGGUUUAGGGAAAUUAACGAGGCGUUAAACAGUGACUCUCGAGU